AUGGGGCUUGAGGUUGGCACAUCAUCUACGAAGGGAGCCAAUGAUGGAGUUGUGACCGAUGUAGGGAAUGAUGUCACAGUGCGGCUGAUAGGAGCCAUUGUUGGAACAUGGCUGGGAGCUGUUGACAGAGUGGCACUGGGAGAAGAGGAAGGGCCGGCACUUGGUGCCGCGCUGGGCGCUCCUGUAGGGAGCGGCUCGGGCUUUCACUCGGCGAAGAGCUGGGCGGGAACUGGGGGAAGCAGAUGGACCGGCACUGGGGGAGGCACUUGGCUGCCGCUGGGAGACGAGCUGGGUGAUGCAGAGGGUCCGAGCUCGGGGUGCACUAGGGGCUCCAGUCGUGCUCUGCUGGGUGACUCACUUGGGCCCAGGCUUGGAGCGGCGCUGGGGGAAGAGCUGGGCCGGAACUAG